GCAUGCGCAGAGGAGGCUGUGAGCUGCCAGCUGGACUUUGUGUUCCUCCGUGAAGCGACACGAAGGUCCGUGUGUGUGUGUGUGUGUGUGUGUGUGUGUGUGUGUGUGUGUGUGUGUGUGUGUGUGAGAGAGAGAGAGAGAGAGAGAGAGAGGAGGAGGAGCACCGCUGAUGAAGAUCCGGAGCGUUUUAACCGGAAACGACGACAGCAGAGCUCCGUGUGUCAGCUGUGAGUAUCCUCUGCUGCUGCUCCGGUCCGACCGGGACCGCGCCUGGAGAGUCCUGGAAAGUUUUUGAAUGGCACACAAAGAGGAAGAGUGAGAAAAGUACUUGAAUACUUUAGUAUAGAAGUACUCUGUUACAGUAAAAGUACAGGAGUGUGUUAUGAGAAGUCAGAAGUGUCUCUGCAGGUGUGACCUGUGGGAGUCUGCACAUGCUCAGUUCGACUCUCUUCUGGGUAGACAGUAGGAGCUUGGACCAUCUGUUUUGGAGUGUCCGCCUCUUGCUCCUCCUCCUCCCCACACUCUGUCUGGUACUGAUCCAGGUGUGUACCUGUGUCUGCAGGUGAUGGAUGCAGAGAGCGGGGAGCUGUUUCUCGGCGCCAUGGCAUCCGGGAGCUGGCAGCUCGACGGUCCGUUCUCCUCCUCAGAGCUCAUCCAGGCCGGCUCAGAGAAACCCCCGCAGGACUGGGCGGUGGACCCCGAGUGUACUCUCAACGACAGCGAGUCUGAGGAUGUCCUCCACGCCGUCGAUCCAAACGAGGUGUUUCCCAGCGGGCCGCCGGCUGACCCGUCAUCAGAGAGCGACAGCGGGAUCUCCGAGGACCCCGCCGUUGAGAGUCCCGUCACCACGGUGACAGUAGCGGGCACCCAGCUGGCGCCAACGACAGUCUACCAGCUGGUUUAUGACAUUAGCGGGCUUGGCGGUGCUAAGACUGGAGCUGGACAGGAGAACAUCAUCUCCAUCGAGCUCGAUCAGUGGAGCUCUCAGCUGCUGCUGUCGGACUCGUGUGUCGUGAGCGAGCUGCCUGUGGUUUCGGCGCCACGGCCUGCUGUUCCUCCUCCCAGCCUCGACGACGACCUGCUGUGCCUGGAUCUUCAGCUGACCGAGGAGGAGCAGAAGCUGCUGACCCAGGAGGGCGUGUCGCUGCCCAGCAACCUCCCCCUCACCAAGGCUGAGGAGCGAAUCCUGAAGAAGGUCCGGAGGAAGAUCCGCAACAAGCAGUCGGCUCAGGACAGCCGGCGGCGGAGGAAGGAGUACAUUGACGGGCUGGAGAGCAGGGCGGCGGCGUGCUCGAUGCAGAACAAAGAGCUGCAGCGGACGGUGGAGCAGCUGGAGAAACGUAACAAGUCUCUGCUGGCUCAGCUGCAGCAGCUUCAGUCUCUCAUCAAGCAGACGGUCAGUAAAGGAGCCCAGACCAGCACCUGCCUACUGAUCAUCCUCGUCUCUCUCGGUCUGAUCAUCCUGCCAAGCUUCAGCCCGUUCAGCCGCCACCGUGCAGACGAUGACUACAGACCCACAGGAGUGAUUUCCAGAAACAUCCUGACAGAUCCGUCGUCCUCCCAGCCGACCUCAGACGACGCCUACGGUGCGACGUCCCUGCAGUCUGAGCCCCCCGCUCUCAGCCAAUCAGAACCUCCAGAGGGAACGUCGAAUCUCCCAGAACCAACAGAAAACCACGAACACGCAGCCGCUGACGGUACGGAGGGGAGCCGGUCGGGAAACGGCUCGGCGGUUGUUGCCAAGCAGACGGAACCCGGCGCCCUCAACCAGAAGUCGACGGUCCGAGGAGGACGGCGCAAUCAGGCAAAACCGGGACACGCCGAUGAGAUGUAGAAACCGGACUUCCUGUUUUAAAGGAUGUAAAAACCCGACCUGCCCGAUCGAUCAGCUGAUCGGUGCUGAUUUAUGGUGGUGGAUUUCAAAUGAUCAAAAACACCAGACGGUAUUUUUCACACCGAAACAAACCCUGUUAGCGUGCGCCAGAUCUACAGACAUCCAGCACGAAGGUGAAGGUUCAGACUCGCCGUGGCUUUUCACUGUCGCCUGUUAGCAUGCUAAGUCACGAGUACGCCAAAAGUCUUUGUUUGUUUAAUAAAUAAAAGGUUUUCUUCAAAAAUACUUUGUGUGCGAUGUAAGCAAACGUUACUCGUUUGAGUUGCAGCAUCGCUCACACACCACGUAAACGCAGCGUGUGGAGGUUAGUGGUGUGGCGCGGUGUGGUGUGGCGACCGCUUUUCUUUUUCUUUCUGGGAUGAAAAAUGAAUCUGUUGUGACGUCUGGAGUGAUUAUUGCCAAGUUUGAUUAAUGUUUUUAUAUUGUAGCGUGUCCUGAUCAUAAAGGAGCUAAAUCAUCUACAAACUGCCGCGAGGAGCUCGCACACCUUUGUGACACGUGGUGACAUCAUCAUUUCAGACUUUAGCCAUGCUGAAUGUGCAGAGCGCCCCCUGAAGUGAAACGUGUGUAAAUGUCUUUCUGGGUGAAUUAAACUGUUUUUGCUGUUCUCAGUU